AUAAGGAUAUAAUUCACAAAAAUAAAAUUAAUUGUAAAUCUGAUAGUGGACAAUUAAUAGUACAGAAUUAUCAAAAUUGUUCGCAGUUUUCGAGUUCUGUUACGCAAAAAUAAUUUAUUUUAAAAUUAUGUAAUCUGACAUUUUACGACGACAUCUCUCACAGAAACAAAACGUAAAUUGUCGAGCGAGAAACACCCUCACAUCAAUUGAAUCGUCGACGACAUGUGUCGAUAUUUUUCAAAUUUUAAUUUCUAGCCUUCUAGAGAGAGAGAAGGGAUCUAUUGACACAUUGACGUGCGGAGCGCGAAUGUGUGUCUGUCGAUCUUUCAAAACUUUAUUUGCUUCCACGUUCUCUCAGAUGCCAGGCGUGGAGGACAAAGAAAUCAAUUCGCCACUCGAGAGAUAAUGCACAUUAUCGAACGAACAAUGAACGAUCAAAUUUACAAAGUACAAAAAAGACUUUCACGAACAACGUAAGCGUUAUAGAGAGAUUUGCUUUAAAGUACAAAAAUACGAAAUUACAUCGCCACUUAAAAUGGGUGGUAAUUUAAUAUUAUUAUGGAAAGUGAUUGUGAUAACUGGAAGACUCUUGGAUUACAGUGGACAGACACGAUUGGAUUGGAAAUGUUGAAAGUGAUAUUCUCGUGUACAAUAUUAAAGCUUUAACUCGUCUUAGAAACGAGAUACUUAAAUCGCCAUCGUAGCGCCAUGAUCGAGAAACGUUAUAAAAAAUCGGCAAACUUGUCGAUGGAUAUUGAUAGAUGAACAUUUAAUAUGAUAUUGCGAUUUUCGAUCUGGGAUGGAAGUCAGUGAGCCUCCGGAUGAGGAGGUCUACCCAAUACUCAAUCUUUCUUCGAGCCUCGAGGGUGUUCCCCUUUAUCCAAACAAUCUGAGCGUUAUUGUCGAAUCAAGAAACAUCAUUCUAAUUGCCCUUAAGGGCGUCAUAAUGAUCAGCAUCAUCGUCACCGCUUUGUUAGGCAAUGCUCUGGUAAUCGCCAGUGUCCGAAGACACCGGAAGUUACGAGUGCCCACCAAUCGCUACGUGGUCUCCUUAGCGAUGGCGGAUCUCCUCGUGACGGUGUGCGCCAUGACGUUCAAUGCUUCCGUCGAGCUUUCCGGGGGUAAAUGGCUGCUAGGAAGUAUCAUGUGCGACGUGUGGAACUCGAUGGACGUUUACUUCAGCACCGCCAGUAUUCUCCAUCUUUGUUGUAUCAGCGUCGACAGGUAUUACGCGAUAGUAAGACCGCUGGAAUACCCGGCCAUUAUGAGGACUGUGACAGUUACUGCCAUGUUGAGUAGUGCUUGGACACUGCCGGCUCUGAUUAGCUUUAUACCUAUCUUCAUGGGCUGGUACACCACGCAGCAACAUCUAGACUUCCGUCGAAAGAAUCCACAGAUUUGCAUGUUCGUGGUGAACCUCCCGUACGCGGUAAUCAGUUCCUGCGUGUCCUUCUGGAUCCCGGGUGUCGUGAUGAUCAUUAUGUACUGCAAGAUCUACAAAGAGGCGAUCAAACAGAGAGCGGCCCUCAGUAGAGCGUCCAGCAGCACGGUAUUGAAUAACGUCCAUGUGCGUCGCUCCUCCAGCGGCUCCAGACAUCACUCUAGGACGUCGCAUCAGCUGCUGUUGCAUCCGAGCGACGCCAGCGAUUACGGAAGACCGCCCUCUUACAGAGCUUCAGCGGCGGAGCUCAACGUCGAGAACGGCACUUCGAUACGACAGCAAACGAAAAGUUGGCGAGCCGAACAUAAAGCUGCGAGAACACUCGGUAUAAUUAUGGGGGCGUUUCUUCUCUGUUGGUUACCGUUCUUCCUCUGGUAUCUGACGACGUCAUUGUGCGGCGAGGCCUGUUAUACCCCGGAUACGGUGGUAUCGGUGCUUUUCUGGAUAGGUUACUUCAACAGCGCCCUGAACCCGCUCAUCUAUGCGUACUUCAACCGCGAUUUCCGUGACGCCUUCAAGGAUACCCUAAAGAGCGCCUUGCCCUGCUGCGCCGGACACUGCUGGAAGACACCCUCGCAAUUCGUGUAGUUCGACACAACUCCGAAAAAUCCGCCCUCGAAAGGCGAGUUCAAAGUCCUUUUUUUUUCUCUCCAACCAAAAUCUCCAGCCAAAACGAAAUCGAGCCGCUUUGUUCCAGCGAUUUAUGGACGUCAAUCGACGCUGUUCGCAAUUAACCCUUAUUGCUCGGAUAUAUUUACUUCGCACGUCACUUAUUCGCAAUUUCGUGCGUGUAGCACACGGUGUUAAUCAUUACAUUGAUUGUCAAUCAUCAUAUAAUACGCACCUUGUAGAUUCUUCCCAUCUGACCAACAUGUAUAACAAUUUCUGUUUUAAUGAGAUAUGUUACAUAUAAAUUGUAUCUUUUAAAUAAUAUUUAUAUAAUUGUAACAAAAAAGCAAUAAAUUAUGCAACGAAUUACGAACAGGAUUUGAAAUUUUCAAUCUGUAAAAUUAUCUUAAAACAGUUGUUUUGAAAUAUUUAUUUGAGAGAUUAUGACUUGAAAUUUUUAACUUUAUGACUUACUGGAACUUUUAUGUCUCCGUAAUUAAAUUAAAAAAAUAAGAAUAUUAAAUAUGUUACUUCUAAACUAGAAUUGCACAUAUUAAGAUGGAAUAAAAAUUUGUAUUAAAUCUAAAGGGUUAAUCGCGAAUUAGCGGUCUUUGAAGUGUGAGUUCCUAUCAAAUACUACCAUAGUCAUCGUUCGAGCGACGAUCGACUGCGCGUAAUUGCCUUCCACGUAAUCGCAUCCCAAAAUACAUCCAGUAAUGUGUAAUCCAUAUGUGCUAUCAUAUCGCCUCGAGAGGCACGCGACAAACGCUUUCGAGAGAUUCAAGAUCAAAAUUAAUGCUUUCCAAGAGCGGAGUCAUUAAAACGGGUAUUAGCGAAUAUAAUCGAUGCUAUUACUGAACGAUUAUCAUCGAUAUGCUUCGAUCUACGUGACGAUUGUGAGGCUGAAAACCUGGAAUCUUCUUUCGGCGUCGACGACGAAAAGGAAUCCACCGAAUAUCAUAUAUAAUUUAAAAAAUUUUUAGAAAAUUUACAACAGCGGUUAUUAAUUUGCGAAUAUUUGCAGAAAAUUAACGAAAGAGAAAAAGUGUUCUAUAUAUGGAAGUUUUCUGAAUAUAUGCUAAUAAUUUUCUCUAUUUGAAAGCAAGAUAUUUGCGUAAGCCAUUAAACAGUCAACGUUCGCGCAAGGAGAGCGACGCCGGAAGUUUACACGGAAUGCGGAUAUAUAGUAUAGUACGUGCAAGACACGAGGGGAUGAAAGAGGAGUUAAUCUGUGUUUACUCUGUACAUACGUCGAGACGGUCGGCUAGCGCUAAUUAGAUGUAAUUAUUAGCGCACACCGGCAUACGCGAGGCUGUAUCAUAUAUAUAACACAAGAUACUUAUUAACGUUACGCGAGGCCGUAUGUAACAUUAUCGUAAUCACGAAACAAUAACGCCGCGAUGGAUCAACACGCAGGAUAAGAAGACACCCAUCGCGUGCGCCAUUUUGCCUGUAUAAAUGUACCAUAAUAGCAAUAACCAGAGGCGGAUUGUAAAUAUUAUAAUAACGGAAGCGUGAGUGGCUCGUUGUUUUUGUAAGUAUAAUAAUAAAUAUAACAUGUAUUGGCAUCGAGUUCUGUGUGUUUUACGUGUUGCUUGCGUGUACAUGAUAGGAAAUUUGAGCCGAGAAUACACCGUAGGGUGACAUAAUUAAAUAGUCAACUCAUAUAUACUUUUAUUUCUUCGAAUAAUAAGAUUGAAUUUUUUAUUCGAGUCAAGGGACAUAGAGAGGACUUUACUAAAUUUUAUUAAUAUAAUUCGUUUUAUAUUAUUAGCGCAUGUUUAUUCUUCAAAGAAGUAAAGAUAUAUAUUUAGAUAGAAGAUAGAUUAUUUAUGUCAUCCUAGUAUAUAUGUAUCUGUAGAGGUAUUCCGUAUUUUGUUCGAGUACUCUCUUUCAGUAUCUUCCAAUCAUGGGGAAAAUAUCGCUUGCAAUAAUUACAGCAACAAAUAUUGAUGUAACUCUGUAUACUUCUGGUAAUCGAAAAUCGUAGUAUCUUUCUUGACCCAUAUUCUAUAAAGUGAAAAUAAAGAGAACACACGUAAAAUAAUAAAUGAGUAAAAGGCUUGAUUUUUAUAAAAUCGAAAUAUAACGAACUGGAGACCAAUUAUAUUGAAAAUAACAAUUUCAGUUAACGGACUAAAGAACAAAAAAAAAAAAAGAACAAAAACGUUACGGUUUAUAUUUAGAAGUUGUUAUUUUUCAUGACGGCUCAUGCACCUUUAGUUCGAUAUAUUUCAACUUUAUUAUUUUAUUAUAUACAGUUUGACUGCGCGCGAUAUUAUUUUCAAUAAGACACCGACAAAUGCAAUGUCGCAAUGUUAACGCAGUACGGAAUACCUUUUCUGCAUCAAUGUGACGGCCCACUUAAUCGACCGUCUCUACCUGCUUCUGGAUAAUCAUUCCAGAGAGAGAGAAAGAGAGAGUAAAUGAGUGACAGAGUGAAUAAAAGAGAGAGAGAGAGAGAGAGAGAGAGAAAGGGAGACACGUGCGCAGUUACGCGGACCGUCCGAGUAAAGACACUAAUUAGCGUAAUUCCCCAGUAGGCACGGCUUUUCCGUGUAUCCUGGAAUUUCUGACAAAUCAUCUUUUUUACGUUUCCUUAAUGAAACUCGCCGUACACGGAAAUCAAGUUGCUCUGCAAUAGCUUUAAAUCGCAGACCCUUUGAAUUCGCCAUCGAAUUCGCCUCCGUCGUUCGUAAAUAUGUGAGUUCGCCAAAGUUAAAGAAAAAACUCGACGAGAACACGUUAGAGACCGUCAGGAUGCAACGAUGUAGCGAAAGAUCACCGAAAGACUAUUACAACUAGGAUACAGAAAUUUAAAUAAAAUGCGGAGAUUAAAAUACUUGCUCGGAUUUGUGAAGGAAUUUACGAAUUAUGAGAUAGAUAAAAAGAUGGUUUUAAAUUGCUCUUUGUUGGAGACAUCGUCCUUUUUGCAAUCCUCUGAAACGGAAUCUGACGAAUCCAGAACUGAAUACGCUGCAAAAGACGCGCCGCACAGAUCUUCUUUUUCAUUUUGAACGAAAUGUUCGUUCGUGCAGAAAGAAUUUUACAGAUCUCACAGCUUAUACGAGAAGGAAAAACAGAAUUCUAAAAGAAAGAUUAAAUCGUCGGAGGGAUUAUAUGUUGCACAUAUAUCAUUAUUUUUUUUACGAUUCUUUUUCUUUUUACGUACUUUACAAUGUUCCAAGUUUUGACAAAAUUUGUCAAAGUAUAUUGAAUCGGUGUCUCGCGUAUCUUUUCGCAGCUUGGUUUCGUUCGGACACCGCUUUUACGGCCGAUUCAGUAAAAUUAUCGAGCAGCAUCUCGAUGUACCUCGAAUUGUUAAUUAAUCCUAUAUCCGUUACAGUCAGUCGCGAUAAUAACGAGACAUGUUCCGAGCGCUGAACAUAUGCAGAUAUCGGACUAAACUGUGCGCGUACGUCGUCAUUGUAGAGUUGAUAAAAAAAAAGGAAUUAUGUUGCAGAGAGGCAAUUAGGGAUGUCAAUAAUAUCGCCGCGAGCGCACUUUUGUUCCAGAUCGUCGAUUAUAUGGAACGGUUUUUAAUUGACUUAUUCAUUCGGCGGCGUUUUUCCUCCACGAAUAUGAAACCAUGUCGGAAACGUAAUCGUUAGACAUGCGAGGAAAGGAAAGAAAAAAAAACAAAAAUUGACAACUUCGGAAAUUAAAAAGUUGCCGUUAACAGGAGAUCAACAAGUUCUUGCACUAACAUUAAAUAAAGAUAAAUAAUGUUUGUUGGUAUAAUUGGUCAUUAUUAUAACACAACUAAUUAAUAGUAAGAAGACGAAUUUUAACUUUAAGUCAGACUAAGAAUAUAUUUUUAAUUUGCGUACUGACGUCCCUAAUUGUGAUAACAAUUUCUUUAAUUUAAACGGUCUAUGUAAUAUUGACCUCUAUUAUGGCAACUAAAAAGCAAAUUAUGAUACGCAUCCAAAUACGAACUUGAGGCAAGUGUGGCGGGUUCUUCUGACAAAAGUGUUCCUUUCUCGACACAUCGACACGAGUAUUAUUUUUCUAUGUAUAUGUUGUGAUUAAUUGUUGUUGUCGAGGCGUUUAAAUACACAUUUCAUCGGGCUUCCUUUCAAGUAAGUUUUGGCUGGUCGUAAUGUACAAAAAAAGAAAACAAGAAAAGAAACAUACCAAAUGGAAAUAUCAAAAUAGCAAAAUAAUUUUGUAAAAAUAUCAAAGCACAGUACUAAAAAAU